AUGGAAGAAGAUAAUCGACUGAAAAAGAGAUCUCAUGGAGACGAUGAAGGUUCUGGAUCUGAGGGUUCAGAGGAUGAAGAUUAUGUCCCCUAUGUUCCUGUCAAAAUCCGUAAACAACAAAUGAUUCAGAAGAUGUUGCGAUUACGUGGUAAAGCAGUCGAUGAGGAACAUAGAGACAGUGGGGAGGAACAAAGGGAUGAAGAUGAAGGGCUUGGUCCCCGAUCCAAUGUCAGUCUCCUCGACCAGCAUCAGCACCUGAAGGAAAAAGCAGAAGCACGCAAAGAGUCAGCCAAAGAAAAGCAACUUAAAGAGGAAGAAAAGAUUUUAGAAAGUGUUGCAGAGGGCAGAGCUUUGAUGUCAGUGAAAGAAAUGGCCAAGGGUAUCAUUUAUGAUGAUCCAAUCAAAACAAGCUGGAAGGCCCCGCGCUAUGUCCUCAAUAUGCCUGAAACCAGAAAUGAGCGUGUCAGAAAGAAGUUUCACAUCCUGGUUGACGGAGACGGCAUCCCUCCUCCGAUCAAAAGCUUCAGGGAGAUGAAGUUUCCACCAGCAAUUCUUAAAGGUUUAAAGAAGAAAGGAAUUGUACAUCCAACACCAAUUCAGAUUCAAGGAAUCCCCACAGUUCUAUCAGGUCGCGACAUGAUCGGCAUCGCCUUUACUGGUUCAGGCAAAACUUUGGUCUUUACUUUGCCCAUCAUCAUGUUUUCCCUGGAGCAGGAGAAGAGGUUGCCCUUCUUUAAAAGAGAGGGACCAUAUGGACUCAUCAUUUGUCCUUCAAGAGAGCUCGCACGACAAACGCACGGCAUCAUUGAAUAUUACUGCAAACUGCUGGAGGAAGAAGGAGCACCUCAGAUGCGAACUGCCCUCUGUAUUGGAGGAAUGUCGGUCAAAGAGCAAAUGGAGGUUGUGAAACACGGUGUGCACAUGAUGGUUGCCACUCCUGGGCGUCUCAUGGACCUCUUACAGAAGAAGAUGGUGAGUUUGGACAUCUGUCGCUACCUGGCCCUGGAUGAGGCUGACAGGAUGAUUGACAUGGGCUUUGAGGAGGACAUCAGGACAAUUUUCUCUUAUUUUAAGGGUCAAAGACAAACCCUGCUUUUUAGUGCCACCAUGCCCAAGAAGAUCCAGAAUUUUGCCAAGAGUGCUUUAGUAAAACCAAUCACCAUCAAUGUUGGCAGAGCAGGUGCUGCCAGCUUGGAUGUCAUCCAGGAAGUUGAAUAUGUAAAAGAGGAGGCAAAGAUGGUGUACCUGCUCGAAUGUCUCCAGAAAACAACGCCUCCUGUCUUGAUUUUUGCUGAGAAAAAGGCUGAUGUUGAUGCCAUCCAUGAGUAUUUGCUGCUGAAAGGUGUGGAGGCGGUGGCCAUCCAUGGAGGAAAAGAUCAGGAGGAAAGAACAAAAGCCAUUGAAGCAUUUAAAGAAGGAAAGAAGGAUGUACUAGUUGCCACAGAUGUGGCAUCCAAAGGUCUGGAUUUCCCAGCCAUCCAGCAUGUAGUCAACUAUGACAUGCCUGAGGAGAUUGAAAACUAUGUCCACAGAAUUGGAAGAACAGGGCGAUCUGGCCAGACUGGUAUAGCCACAACAUUCAUCAAUAAAGGCUGUGAUGAGUCCGUAUUGAUGGAUCUGAAGGCCCUGCUUGUAGAAGCCAAGCAAAAGGUUCCUCCAGUUCUGCAGGUGCUCCAGUCCGGAGACGAAACAAUGCUGGAUAUCGGAGGAGAGAGGGGUUGUACAUUUUGUGGUGGUCUUGGUCAUCGUAUUACAGACUGCCCGAAAUUAGAGGCAAUGCAGACCAAGCAGGUCACGAACAUUGGAAGGAAGGACUACCUGGCUCACAGCUCAAUGGACUUUUAA